UCCACUCUCCAGCCCAACAACUGGCAAGAUGAAGUGGGUCACCUUCAUCUCCGUCCUCCUCCUCUUCAGCUCAGCUCACUCCAGGGAACUGUUCCGCAGAGAUGCUCACAAGAGUGAGCUUGGCCACCGUUACAAGGAGUUGGGAGAAGAUCAUUUCAAAGCCCUGGCCCUGGUCACGUUUUCUCAGUACCUCCAGAAAUGCCCUUUCGAUCGGCAACUGAAGCUGGCGGAGACCGUCUUGGAGUUGGCCAAAGCCUGCGCCGACGACGAGAGCCACGCGGGUUGUGACAAGUCCCCGUCCCUCGUGUUUGCGGAGGAGCUAUGCAAGGCCGAACACCUGCAGGACUCCUACGCGGAGCUGGCCGAAUGCUGCACUAAAGCGGACGCCGAGAAAGCCGAAUGUUUACUGAAACACAAAGAUGACACCCCCGACGUCCCUCCCUUCACCAGGCCGGAAGCUGCCGUGCUCUGCAAGGAGUACGAGGACAACAAGAAGCUGUUCGUGGGAAAGUACCUGUAUGAAGUGGCCAGGCGGCACCCCUACGCCUACGGGUCCGCGCUCCUCUACUACGCUCACGAGUACGAAGAUGACCUGAAGGAGUGCUGCAAAGAGGCUGACCAGGGGGCCUGCCUCAAGGAGAAGAUUCCCGAGUUGAAGGAGAAAGUGUUGUUCAACAGUGCCAAGCAGAGGUUCCGAUGUGCUACUUACGAGAAGUUUGGAGAGAGAGCCAUGAAAGCUGCCCUGGUCGCCAAGGUGAGCCAGAAGUUCCCCAAGGCUGACUUCGCCGAUGUCCAUAAGGUCGUGGAGGAUUUGGCCAAGGUGGUCAAGGAGUGUUGCCAUGGUGACCAGCUGGAGUGCAUGAAGGACCGGGCGGACCUUACCAAGCACCUGUGCGAAAACCAGGACACCUUCUCCAGCAAGCUGAAGACCUGCUGUGACAAACCCCUGGUGGUCCGCAGCCAAUGCGUCGUGGAUCUGGAGAACGACGAAACUCCCGCUGACCUUCCCACCAUGGUUUCCGUCUACGUGGAAGACAAGGAAGUCUGUAACAACUACGCCGGAGCGAAGGAUCUCUUCCUGGCCACGUUCCUGUAUGACUACGCCAGGAGGAACACUGAUUUCUCCACAUCCCUGCUCUUGAGAGUGGCCAAGGGCUACCAAGCCAAGCUGACCGAGUGCUGCGCCGGAGCCGACCCCAACGCUUGCCUGGCCAAAGCGGCGGAAGAACUCAAGGCCUACCGGGCCGAAACCCAAACCCUGGUCCAGAGCAACUGUGAUCUCUUUGGCAAAUUUGGAGAGUAUGGAUUCCAGAAUACCCUCCUGGUCCGCUACACCCGGAAGUUUCCACAGGUGUCAACUCCAACCCUGCUGGACCUCUCUCAUCACCUGGCCCAUGUCGGAACCAAGUGCUGCAAGCUGGACGACACACACAAACUGGCCUGCGCUGAUGACUACCUGGCCUUGGUGCUCGACAAAAUGUGCCGCCUGCACGAGAAGACCCCGGUCAGCAACAGAGUCACCAAGUGCUGCGCUGACUCCCUCGCCGACCGCAGACCCUGCUUCUCGGCCCUGGGCCCGGACGAAACAUUCGUCCCCAAGGAAUUCGAAGCUGACACCUUCACCUUCCACGAGGACCUGUGCACUCUACCUGAAGAUCAACAGAAAGCCAAGAAGCAGACCGUGCUAGUGGAGCUUGUCAAGCAUAAGCCCAAGGCCACAGACGAGCAGCUGAAAGAGGUCACGACCGACUUCACAGCUAUGGUGACGAAAUGCUGCGCGGAAGCCGUCAAGGAAGCCUGUUUCGCCGAAGAGGGAGCCAAACUGGUGGCCAAGAGUAAAGCUCUCCUAGCAUAAACCAAGUCCGACGGCCGCCAGCCUUUCAGCUCACCGGUGGAGUGACAUGUAGAGACGCGUGACCCCCGAUCCAUCCACUUUGAUUUUCUGGUCGAGGCAAACCAUCGGCCGAUCCAGAAAAGAACAAGUCUCUUCUCCCUGUGCUGGAAUGAGUAACAAAUAAAAGCAUAAAAAACUA